AUGCGGUAUAAUAUGCAGCAUACAGAAGAGGCCUUCUCCAAGUGAAUCACGUUCGCCGAAAUCAUUUCGUAAUGCACAAGACAUUCUGUAAGCAAGUCCAGCGUAGAAGUACAGUGCCGAGGGGGUGGGAGCUCACAGAUCUAUAUUAAAUCAUGGGGACGCUUAUGAAAGUCAGUUCUACGACGAACGUCGCCUGGUAUAUUCGACAUUCUCCUUCACCCACUCUGACCUCUUCUCCUCGAGUACAUUCCUGGUGCACAUUUAAAACGGGAAUGAAGCUGAGCAUUCUGACAGUUACGCUGUACCUGAUACUGUCUCUUACGGUCGGUGCCCUGGCCAAGGCAAUCCCAGUUGGCAAUCCAGAAGCUGCUAUCGAGAGCAUGAGGCAGAUACCGCAAUGGCAUUGUCUUAGAUAUAGGAAAUUCGAUCUAGUUCGACGCUGUCGGAAUUAUAGAAUCGGAAGGAAGCACUAACAUUCAUGAAAGAACAGGAAGCUGAUUUGGUUGAAAUGGGAGUAAUGACGAAGAGGCGAAAAAAAGCACUGAAACAUUGAAAAAGUACUGAUGACCUAAUAAUGACAUUAUUUCUUAAGGGAUAACUUUAACCAUCUCGCCAAUUAUCCUGGUGCUAAUUAGCAUCGUUAUUUAGCAUUAAUCAUGAAAGAUGCAGAAAAUGGAGAUUAUUUAUGUUAUUGUUUAUAUACUUAAAUAUUUUUCUCCUAAUUAUAGACUCUAAUCAUUGAUGUUAACGUUAAUUAAUGAAGACUACUCUAUACGCGAUUUCUAACGUACCUAUUACUUAAUGAAGUAUACCAAAGAUAUCUUUAGGUUUAAUGUCGUAAGAAUUAAGUUUAACGAUAUUCCUUGUAUGACGAUGAUUGUUAUUAGAUAAUAACUGUAUUGCCCAAUGGGAUGAACUGAUCACACUGA